AUGGCGACCAUGGACAAGGUCUUUGCCGCAUACGAGGCCCGUAACAAGGUCCUUGCGGCCAGCACCAAUCCAUUCAAAGACGGCAUCGCUUGGGUGGCUGGCGAACUUGUUCCCCUCAACGAGGCGCGGAUUCCCAUGCUCGACCAAGGCUUUCUGCACAGCGACCUGACGUACGACGUCCCGUCAGUCUGGGACGGCCGGUAUUUCCGGCUCGACGACCACCUUGACCGGUUCGAGCUCAGUUGUUCGAAGAUGCGACUCAAGCUGCCCAUCCCCCGGGAGGAAGUCAAGCGCACUCUCGUCGACAUGGUGGCCAAGAGCGGCAUCAAGGACGCAUUCGUCGAAAUCAUCGUCACUCGAGGCAUGAAGGGCGUCCGUGGCCUCAGGCCCGGCGAGACCAUGACGAACAACUUGUACAUGUGGAUUCAGCCGUACAUCUGGGCCAUGGAGCCGGCCAUGCAACGCACCGGCGGGAAGGCCAUCAUCGCGCGGACUGUCAAGCGCACCUCGCCGGGCUCAAUGGACCCGACGGUCAAGAACCUCCAGUGGGGUGACCUCACACGCGGCAUGUUCGAGGCGCAGGAUCGGGGAGCAGAUUAUCCAUUCCUGACCGACGGCGAUGGAAACAUCACAGAGGGCUCUGGUUUCAACAUUGUCUUUAUCAAAGACGGUGUCCUGUAUACCCCCGACCGCGGCGUGUUGAAGGGCGUUACCCGGAAGAGUGUGGGCGACGCCGCAAAGGCCCUUGGCAUUGAAAUGAAGAUUGAGUUCGUGCCCACCGAGUUGGCCUACCAAUGUGAUGAGUGCUUCAUGUGCACCACCGCCGGUGGUGUCAUGCCUAUUACCUACAUGGACAACGCCCCGAUUGGCGACGGAAAGAUCGGACCCAUCACGGCCAAAAUCUGGGAUGUGUACUGGUCAAUGCAUUACGACGACGAGUACAGCUUUAAGAUUGAAUAUGAGGCUGCCUAUACUAAUGGAACAAAUGGUGUCAACGGCACCAACGGCGUCCACUGA